AUGGUUAACUUUGUUACUUCUAUCACUCUCCUCCUCACUGCUGUCUCUACAGUUGUUGCUCUCCCCAGCACUCUUGAGAAGCGUGCUGUGACAUGCAGAGAUGACCGUCCUAACAGUGAACUGGCCAACGCCAACGAAGCUGCUGCAUGUAUCAGUUAUCUCGCCAGCCUAGGCAACCAGGCUUGUGUUGCUACUGUCUCUGGCCAGUCUUUCUGCCGACGUGGAGACACUCAGAUCACUGGCCUCGCUAGAGGUGCUGCUACAAGAACAUCUACCUGCCAAGAGGUCGCUCGCGGUGCUGGUUUGAUUCUGGAUAAGUGCACUCGUGGUGAUGGCAAGGUCAGAGGCGCCAAUGAGGCCUGGGGCAAUGGCAACCUCCUCGUCGACAUUCGCCGAGUUGUUCAAUAA